AUGCAGAGCUAUCCAAAAGUGACAAAAUCUUCAAGUGAACGGACAGGAAAGUCACGGAAGCGCAAAUUCCAUGGCAAUCAGUUUCUCAAUGGAGAGGCUAAUACUAGCCGUAGUGAAAAAAAAUUGGCGUCAGCAACUACGGACGACGUUAUAAUUUAUCCGUCUCAUUGCUAUCGAAUAAUCGAGUUUGUCUCUGUGUUUUUAUCAAUUUCUGAGUUAGUUAUUUGCAAUUCGUGUAAGCAGAGAAUAACGUUUGCCGAAAGCGGCCAUCGAGGUCUAGGAUUCAAAAUCGUUUUGUCGUGUAAAUGCGGUAAACGAGAAAUUCAAUCCGGACCGCUCAUUCACACCGGCUACGAAAUCAACAGAAGAAUUGUGUUCGUCAUGAGGCUUUUGGGUGUCGCACGAGAAGGCAUUAACAUUUUUUGUGGCCUUAUGGAUAUAUCUCAGGGCUUAGCAAAAACGACGUAUGACCAAAUCGUGCAACACCUGUAUACAGCGUCGAAAACAAUGUUUGAGAGCGUCUGCAAAAAAGCCGUCGAAGAGGAAAAAGAACUCAACAUACAAAAUGAAAGACCAGCUGACCGUUUCAAAGUUUCGGGCGAUGGAUCGUGGAAGAAACGUGGAUAUACUUCAUUGUACGGUGUAACUACACUUAUUGGGUACUACAGUGGCAAAGUGAUCGAUCUCAACGUUAAAAGCGGAUAUUGUCAUACCUGUACCAUCAAGAAAAACACAUUGAACGACGACGAGUUUGAAGAUUGGUUGGCAAAGUGA